AAUAUUCAUGACCAAUCGCCGUCGCUCUCCUUUCAUGUUGUGACGCAGGAAUUGCACGUCACUGAUGAAGUGGCAACGAUGGAGGCUAUUCCGGAAUCAACAGCGAAUUCGCUGCUGAAAGAUGAGUGCUACACUGAUUUCCUUAAAGAGGAUUUCGAUGUGAAGACGUACACGGCUCAAGCCAUUCAUCAUGCUGUCAUUGCAGAGCAGCUGGCCAAGCUGGCAGAGGGCAUCAGUCAGCUGGACAAAGAGCUGCACUGCCAGGUAGUGGCCAGACAUGAGGAUCUGCUAGCUCAGGCAACAGGGAUCGAAUCUCUCGAAGGUGUCUUGCAAAUGAUGCAGACCAGAAUCGCGGCUCUCCAGAGUGCUGUGGACAGGAUAAGAACCAAAAUCGUUGACCCUUACAAUAAGAUUGUGGUGCGGACAGCCCAGCUCGCCCGCUUACAGGUGGCGUGUGACCUGUUGAGGAGGAUUAUUCGCAUCCUGUACCUGAGCAAACGGCUGCAGGGGCAACUGCAGGGAGGCAGCAGAGAGAUCACUAAAGCUGCCCAGAGCCUCAAUGAGCUGGAUUACCUGUCCCAAGGUGUUGAUCUGUCAGGUAUUGACGUCAUAGAAAAUGACCUGCUGUUCAUCAGCCGAGCUCGUCUGGAGGUGGAGAACCAAGCCAAACGGUUACUGGAGCAGGGCAUGGAAAUUCAGAAUCCGUCUCAGGUGGGGACGGCCCUACAGGUGUUUUACAACCUCGGCAAUCUAAGAGAGACCAUAAGAAGUGUGGUGGAUGGAUACAGGACAUCUGUGCAAGAGAAUGUUGUUAAUGCCCUUGACAUUAAAGUCCUGACUCAACCUGCCAACACCAGAGGUGCCCCUGGUAGAGCCGUCAUGCCCACUCCAGGGAACACAGCUGCAUUUCGAGCUGCCCUUUGGACAAACUUAGAGAAACUAAUGGACCAGAUCUGUGCCGCGUGUGGUCAGGUGCAACACCUGCAGAAGGUUCUAACCAAAAAGAGGGACCCAGUGUCUCAUGUGUGCUUUAUUGAUGAGAUCAUCAAGGAUGGGCAGCCUGACAUCUUGCACACCUUCUGGAGUUCUGUCACUCAGACGCUUUCUGAGGAGCUGCAGAAAGCCACAGCUGCAUCAACCUUCCUGAAGCAGGCCCUGGAGGGAGAGUAUCCCAAACUCUUGAGGCUUUAUAAUGAGCUGUGGAAGAGGCUGCAGCAGUACAGCGCAAGCAUACAGGGGGCGCUUGUGAGCAGUGGUGCCGGUCUAGAUGUGGAAUUGCCUCUGUUAGAGCACGACACUGAAGACCUGUUCACUCGGACCAAACCAGACUAUGAUCCAGAGAAGGACCUGAAGGACUCCCUUCAGCCAUAUGAAGCAGCUUACCUGUCCAAGUCUCUGUCCCGCCUCUUUGACCCCAUCAAUCUUGUGUUCCCUCAAGGGGGCCGAAACCCACCUUCUAAUGAUGAACUCGACAGCAUCAUAAAAACAAUAGCCAGUGAGCUGAAUGUUGCAUCAGUGGAUUCCGGCCUGACGAUCGCAGUAGCCAAGAAUGCCGCCAAGACUGUGCAGCUUUUCUGCGUCAAGUCAGAGCAGUUGCUGUGUACACAAGGGGAUGCCAGUCAGGUGAUCGGACCCCUGACGGAGGGUCAGAGGAGAAAUAUUGCCGUGGUGAACUCUCUUUUCCGCCUACAGCAAUCUGUGGCUAAAGUUAUAUCUGGACUGGCUACCUUCCCCCCUGCAGCAGAGCAAGUGCUCACAGCAUCUUUAGAGUCAGUUCAUAAUCUGAUGAGUAGUGCCGUCCAGCCACUGCUAAACUCUGUUACCGACUCUGUCGAAGCAAUACUCAUUACUAUGCACCAGGAGGAUUUCUCUGGUUCUUUACCAGCAGGAGGCCGUCUGGACGUGCCAUGCUCUCUGUACAUGCGUGAGCUGCAAGGCUUCAUUGCACGUGUGGUGAACGACUACUUCCGUCCGCUGCAGUGUCUGGACUUCCUGUACGAUAGUACGGAGAACAUCGCACAGCGCGCCAUCACCCUCUUCAUCCGCCACGCCAGUCUCUUGCGCCCACUCAGUGAGGGAGGGAAGAUGAGGCUGGCGGCUGACUUUGCUCAGAUGGAGUUGGCCGUGGCUCCUCUCUGCAGACGGGUUUCAGACCUGGGGAAGGCGUACCGUCUCCUGCGAUCUUUCAGACCGCUGCUGUUUCAAACGAGUGAGCACAUCGCUAGCAGUCAAGCGCUGGGAGAUUUGAUUCCAUACAGCACCAUAUUGCAUUUCCUGUUCACUCGUGCCCCGGCUGAACUCAAAUCACCACAUCAGAGAGCGGAGUGGUCGAUCUCUCGCUAUUCUCAGUGGCUGGAUGACCAUCCAUCAGAAAAGGACCGUCUGACUCUUAUUAGGGGGGCACUGGAGGCAUAUGUGCAGUCUGUCCGAGCCAGGCAGGGGAAGGAGUUUGCCCCGGUGUAUCCCAUCAUGAUCCAGCUGCUGCAGAAGGCCACGAGUGUAUCAUAGGAUCUGCAAACACAGCCCUGUCUCAUCAGAAUAAUGCAGACAGUUCGUCAUAAGAAUACACUCGUCUUCACCAAAAGAAGGCUUUAUUAUAUUUCAUAACAUUAUGAUGAUUGUUUUGUUGAAGUCGGAAACUAAUAUGUAUAGGUUUCCGAUGUAUUAUUUAUGGGUUGGUUGGUUACUACUGUCUUUAAUUAUCCCUAACUUCUUAACCAAUAUGCAAAUAUUCAUAAAUGAUGUGUGGAGCAGAGUGAAAAAUGAAUUACUAAACACAUUAUGUAAAUGCUGAUUAAAGAAUGUCUCAUGAUUUCAUCACAUACUUCUCAUUCAGGCUUGGAUUUAUAACUUAGUCAUAUCUCCGAUUAGUUAGCUUUCGCAUAUUUUUUGAUAUACAGAAAUUGUUUGGAUUACUUAUAAUUAAUGCAAUGAUGUUCAGGCAUUUUAGUUGUGAUUUAACUGUCCAAAUACUAACCUUUGUUAGUGAUAUUCAAAACUGUGAAAGGAAAAUUAAACACUUUGGAGAAGGAAAUGUAUUUAUCAAUAUCAUAUUGUUUUCAAAUAAAAAUGGAUGGAGUUUUUGCGUUCCUGUCAAUCAGGUUGAGAGUUGUAGCUGUAGAGAUCCUCUUUUCAUGUCUGUCUCUAUCUCACACUCUUUUCACACUGUUUUAUUUGACCUACAUGGCACAAUCACUGAUUAUAGUGUUUAAAAUGUGCUGUCUAUGGGCUUGCCAUUAAUAUGCUGCUCUAAAACAUUAAUUCAGCUUCUCUUUCUCUCCAGUUUUGCAUAAUCAUGCAAAUGUGAUUUGUCCACUGCUCCUUGAAAAAUUAAAUGAAUUUUGUGUGUGCUUCUCAAA